GUUGUUCUGGUAAGUUCCAGUAAUGGUGGCUUUGAUCAUUAUUCAAUUAUUGGUGGAAUUGAACAAAUUGCAGAACAACAACAACCAUUUCGUAUUGAAAAAUUCAUUGAAAUUGAUGAAUAUAUGGUAAAAAUGAAGAAAAUUACGGUAGAAAAUCUUAGGACAACCUCAAGUA